AGUAAAGCCUGAUGAGGAUCUAAUCGAAACUCUCGAAGUCAAAUGACCUUGACCAAGGUUAAAGGGGAAUUUUGGGGAAAUAUUGGGGAAUUUCCCCAAAAUGUGCCAAAUUUUCCCCGAAAUUGGGAGCUGGGGAGCUGAUGUCAGUUUGUGAUGAAAACCCCAUAUAUAGAUUAGAGUCGCCGUAAUCACGAAAAUUCUAGCCUAAAACAUACCACGGAGGGAGAGGUUUUCUACAUAGUCGUGAGAUGGUUGCUUAGUUGUAACAACCUCUGUGCACUGAUUCCCUAAUCUGCCUCUUUAGAUUCGAUUGGAAAGGCGAAUUGCGAAUCGGGAGCUCCAUACAAACUAACAAUUUUUUCAUCCUGUCCUCAGUGAAGAGUUAGUAAUCCAUUUGAUAUGUCAACCCGUGGCGUGUCUUCUAGUGGCGAUCCAAUAUCUCUUGGAUGUGUGCUCCCCCUCACUAAGUCGCUGGCUGGAUUUCAUUCCCAUAUUCGGACACAAAAAUGAAUUUUUGUACGAAAUUAUCUGUGUACAACUAGUAGGUAUCCUGAAAUUGUUAAUUGUUCGUGGGAGCUGUUGGUGUGCUCACUAUUGCGAUCAUUUUCAACAACAAUGAAUUUGUUUUAACUACCCAGAAACUGUAAGAUAAAACCUCCGACUUCAGACUCACAAAUUAUCUGGUAUCACAAGUCAUAUAACUUGUGUGUUAGAUUUUGCUAGAAAUACAUUCAUCAUUCCAUGUUUCUACACUUUGCUACUACUUUCAAUGGGAUAGCACUCAUCAACUUCACGAAGCACGCUUUCCCUACGAAUAUUAAGGUAGUAACAACUAUGUGAAUAUUAAAAUUUUCUCAUUUUGUGCAAGGGUAAAUAAACUGUUCCUGACUCGUCACAUUUUCGUAUCUUAGUAUGCGGUGUGUAUCAACUAGUUCCCGUGAGCUGAAAAAGCCAUCAUGUAGAGCGAACAAAGAAUUAUAAACUUAGAAAAUGUAACUUAUACUAUUGGUAUUAAGUCCUAUGCUCUUGUAGGAUAGUAUUUCGAAUUUACUCAUCUUUUAUUCUAUUAUCAAAUUCGCGUUUUUUCAAUGUACCUAGAAGAAAUUGCUUUUGAAGGACAGCAAUUACGUACACGUGCUUAAGUAGGUUUUUAGUGGUUGGUCGUUGAAAAUGAAUAUUUCGAAUAAGAGAUACUAAAAUGUUCGAAGACUUGGGACUGUUGUGGUUUUAUAAUAUACAACGAACUAAGUUAUAUGGUCUAUAAACAACUAAAAUUAUCUUUUAGGCCUAAUGUGGUCAUUUAUGCUACGCAAAACUUGCUUUAUUGUUGGUAAGUUAACGUUUACUAGUGACUCUAAUCCAAAAUAUCUUCCAAAAAGUUCCCAGUAUUUAUUGUAGUAUCUCAUUUAUCUUGAGGUAUUUGUAAUUAAGUAACGGCGUUUUACUGCUUAUUAGAUAUUAACCGAACGACUUGGUUUUCUCUAUCCAAUUUUGUAGUACAACGGAUCGUAAUAGUCAUGGUCAAUGCGAAUGUCGAUAAAUUGGUUAAAAUUUGUCUACCUAUGUUCAUUGGAAUAGCCUUGCGCUCAUCUACCAGUUUACACUCAUAUUCCGGCGAAAAUAAACCACCCAUGUAUGGUGACUAUGAAGCUCAACGUCAUUGGAUGGAAAUUACCGUUAAUUUACCAUUCGCAGAAUGGUAUAUCAACUCAACACAUAAUGAUUUGAAUUAUUGGGGGUUAGAUUAUCCACCUGUUACGGCAUAUCAUAGUUGGCUGAUGGGUAAACUAGCUAAUAAAAUUGACCGUGAUUGGGUUCAGUUGUACACAUCGAGAGGCUUCGAAUCUAAAGAGCACAAGUUGUUUAUGCGUUAUACUGUACUGGUAGCUGACUUAUUGUUUUUUAUACCUUCCGUAUUACUGUAUUUUUAUUAUGUUCUACCUAGCAUUAUGAAUAAGUCACAAAUUAGUGGAUUUUAUUCAGCAUGCCUAACAUUAACUUAUCCUGGUCUUAUAUUGAUUGACCAUGGACACUUCCAAUAUAACUGUGUCAGUCUUGGUUUGUAUUUGAGCGGAAUUAAUUUCCUCCUCCUAGAGUGGGAUAUGCUCGGUUCUAUAUUAUUUUGUCUAGCCAUAGGUUAUAAACAAAUGGAACUAUACCAUGCGUUGCCAAUUUUUUUCUUUUUAUUAAGCAACUGUAUUUACAAAAAAUCCGUGCGCAUUGGAAUAACACAUCUAGCUAGGCUGAGCUGUGUCGUUUUCUUGACAGUAUUUUUGAUAUUUGCACCGUUUUUACUAACAACCGAUUUGAAUCUUUCAUUUCAAGUCGUCCGACGUUUAUUUCCGUUUGAUCGCGGUAUUUACGAAGAUAAAGUAUCUAAUUUUUGGUGUGCUACAUCACCGCUAGUAAAAUGGCGUUCACCACUUCCUACGUCAUCCUCAACAUUAUCGUCUACUAAACUGGUGUGGGUUAGUGUCCUGCUCGUACUGACUACAUGCCUUCCAUUUUGUAUAGUUUUAUUAAAGAAGUCUAAAAAUCAAAAAUUCCUGAUUUCUCUAGCACUAUGUGCGUUAAAUUUCUACCUAUUUUCCUUCCAAGUUCAUGAAAAAUCAAUUUUGUUAGUGUCUAUCCCUGCUUUGUGUUUGCUACCUUUUUAUCCCAUAUCGUCAUUUUUGUUCUCUAUAUGCUCUACUCUUAGUAUGUGGCCAUUAUUUAAAAAGGACGGUUUACAAUUGGCUAGUUUAUGUUUAACAUGUAUACAUACCAUUCUAGGCUGUUUUAUAAUACUUAAAUAUAACAAUAGUGAUAAACAUGUUGCUGAGAAAAAGAAAUUACAAAAUAGUGCUACGAGUAAUAAUAUCAUCUCUAUAUCUAUCAUUCUUUUUAUUCUUAUUGGCUAUAGUAUCUUGAUUAUCGGUGACUCACUGAUUAAACCUCCUGUAGCAUAUCCCGAUUUAUUUCCUUUGUUAUUUUCUAUGUACUCCUUCACGCUGUUUUUCUUAUUCAUGCUCUAUUGGCAGUUAGAAGUUAUUUUUAUGUAAAAACUUUGUGUUUAGUUAUGUUUCUGAGAAGAAUACAUGUUCAUGAAGUUCGCGUUCUAUACUUCAAUAGUUUAGUUUACUGGCUAAUUUAUUCUAUUCGGUAUACACUAACAUGCUCGUAAUAGGAAUAGAUAUAUCUUUAUAGUAAGCUUUGUGACUCAAUGGGAGAGUAUCACGAUUUUUUACUGCAAGUAAUAGAUUAACUACUAUAUUCAUGAUGCCACCUAGCUUUAAACAUCCAAGGACAGGGUAGGAGUAGGGUGUAGCUGGGCCUGUCUCAGUCACGCAUCAGUUUAACGUCUUUAUCACGUUCAUCAAACUUUGCCUCAACACCGAUCAUACGGUGAUCCGAACACAUGCAAGCAGUGCUUCGAGGAAUAUGUAAUAACAGCAAUUUCAUGUAUCCACUUUUAAAGAUCAUAUCUAAAAAGAACUGCUGCUUGACAGAUAACUUGUAUAGUCAAGGAAACAAAUUUUACGAGUGCUUGGGUUUCAUCACUGUCCGAAACAAUACUACUGGUGGAAAUUCUGGAACAAGUGAAACAGGCAAUACACUGUAACACUAGAAUAGCCACUGAUUCAGAUCAGUCCAGAAGCAAGCAUCUAGAACAGGAUUUGGUAUCUAUGACAAUUUAAAGGUUGAAGGUAGAUACAUAACAUAGUAAAUGCAUGUGCCGAUUCGUCACAUCCUGUAACUUCCUAGAUUUUUGGGAAAAUAAACUUAAGUUGGUUGAUUUAAUCCCUUGGCCUGCGUUCCAGUGGCAAACAUAGCUAUUAGAUCUCAGUUGCCGAAAAUUGCGACAGUAUUAACCAAAUUUGUAGUCAUUAAAACUUGAUACGUGUGUACAUCGGUUUAAUAAGCCAUACUCCAUUUGAACAAGAUCAGAUUGUCAGGGCAAAUCCCAAAGACGCAAAGGUAGUAACAUUAUGAGUGGUAAUAGAAAAAUGGGGAAUCGAAUACAUCGAUCAGUGGAAUAAAGGAAACCCAUAAUUGAAAAAAUCAGGAUGAAAAGACUUAGUAGAUACAUCUGCGUCACUACGAACGAUUGUGAGCCAUUUAAUACUAAGUCUUCAACCACUGAUUGCAGUUAUCACGAG